AUGUCCUGCUUCAAAGUGUACCUUUUGGGAUAUCAAAAUUCCUUUCGAAGCAAGAAAAAGGAUGCAACUGAAGAAACAAACCAAGUUGAGUCAAUGCCCACUAGGCUUCCACCUAUUACUGCACAAAAUGGGAAUUAUUCUGUGCACCAGAACAGCCACAUGAGAUACCAUGAAGCUGUACGGAAGGUGUUGCUGAAGACAUUCCCCAAUCAGGUCUUCAGAGUCCCUCUGACUGAUGCUCAGAACUUCAGCUUCUGGCGAUCCAAUGACCCAGGAAUGAGUCCAGAAGAAGCUAUGCCUUGGAUCUGGAAUCCACGCCAUUGCCUCAUUAAGAGUCCAAUGACCAGAUUUAUGGAGCACUCUAUUCUAAGCGACAGAACCUUCAGUCUCUAUUGAGGAUGUGGUCGCAGAAGGACAAGAUGAAGUGUGGAAGGAAUAGUGACUGACUAGUGGGGAGAGGGUUCAACAAAGCAGAGUAAAAGAUGGGACCAGACACCACUUUGUGCACUGUUGGUAGGGAA